GAUUAUAUUCUUUUGUUUCGCAGCACAAACAAUCAACCAAUUAGUAUAGAUUUCAAAUUGUUUUUAUUCAAAAUUGUUGCGCAAAUUGUAUCAAUUAUUAAAGAUUGUAUUUUUUAUUUUUUUAUUUUUUCAAAGAAAAAGAUGAGAACGAUGCAAAAAUCCCCAAAGAUUCAACGGUUGAAUAUGGCACAGAUGAAACCCGUUUAAUUUCAUCUUUUGAGAUCCAAGGGCACAAAUGAUAGAUCUCUCUCUCUCAUCGGCGAUAUAACCCUAAUUUAGCGAGAGAGUCACCAAGUUUCUCCAUGGGCGAACCCAAGAUAUCAGAGCUUGAUACUGUGGUCAAAGAGGAAGGGCAGUUAUUCGAGGUCAAAUAUUUCUCCAAGAAUAAGACAUUUGUCUUCUGGAACAUGGACGACUACCCAAUCCCUGAAGGUGUCGCUCCUCUUGAGGUUAUCGAUAAUAUCAAAUCAGUUCUUCAUCGGUUGGGCUUUCCUUGGUGGUUGAUUGAGAUCAGGGCGUACGGUGACGACCAAAGUUAUGACCUUUGCAGUGCCGGAAUAUACGGUGAGUACCUCAUAACCGUAUUAUAUGUAUGUAACUGCUUACAUCUCACUCUUUUCAGGGGUAAAAUUUCUGGUGCUAUCAAAUUUCCUAUAGAGCUAAUUGAUAUCGCAACAUUGAAGUUUCGUGAACCAUUAAAUUUUGUUGUAAUUGCCAAACAUACCCCCCAAAGUCAGCUGCGCAGGGUUCUUGACAGUUUGAAAUCGAGAAAUAACGUUGUGGCCUCUGUUGAGCUGCCUGAUAGCGCCGCACUGAGUUCUAUUGAGUCACUUGUGAAUUCGAUAAAAGUUUUUGGUGGAAUCCAAAGGCCAUUAUGUCGAGAUGUUGGAGAGCGAGCUGAUGUGGAUGUUUUUAGGUGGACGAUAGCCUAUAGGCCCUUCUCUACUAACAAGGAGGAUGGUUACUCAUGUGAUUGGUCAUUCUAUCUUUGAUAUUUUUGUUUUAUGUCAUAAGUUGUUCGGUUAUUCUAUGUUGUUUCAUCUUUCAUCUGUUAAACGCUGUUUUGUGUUCAAAUUAGUUGCUGUUUUCUUCCAUUACCA